CACACACAUUAACAAACAAAAAAGGUGCAUUUAAAAAAAAAUUGGGUGACCCAUCUCUUGGAAGACGGAGACCAACCUCUCAUGUCUCCCUCCACCUUUAUUUGCUUUAGAUUUUUAGAAAUAACUCUUCAACAAUGGCUUUCACUAACCAACCAUGUCUAUCUCUUAUUUUCUUCUUCACCUGCUCCCUUCUGCUAGGCUUUGCCUUCUCUACCACCUUCCUUUCAGAUACCCUUUUUGAGUUACAUGGUUCCACAUCUCGUGCUCUUCUUCAGGCCAAAAAGACGUGUGCAAUAAAUUUUGAGUCACAAAACUAUACAAUAAUCACAAGCAUGUGUAAAGGACCUCAAUACCCACCUCAGUCUUGCUGCUCGGCAUUCAAGGAAUUCGCAUGCCCUUUUGCAGACGCAAUAAACGACGAGCAAAGCGACUGUGCUUCAACUAUGUUCAGCUACAUUAAUUUGUAUGGAAAGUACCCACCUGGCCUCUUUGCUUUGCAGUGUAGAGAAGGGAAAGAAGGUCUUGACUGCACAGAUGUACUUGAAGCUAAACAAAAGAGCACAGCUGACAUAACAUAUAUUACUACAUCCACAUUAUUCCUAUUAUUGCUUUCAAAUGCAUUUUAUUAUGCGUUUUUGCACCCUUUUCUUUGAUUACAAACUAAUUUGAUUUUUCGCAUGUGUCUGAAUUUUGAAAAGGCAAAGAUCUAAAGGUUAAUAUGUCCAUCACCUUUCUAGUUUGGAGUACUAAUGAAUACAUGUAAUUAACAAAACUUAAUUACUAGCUAGCAUUACUUGUUUUCAAAGAGCAAUUUAA